GAGAGAGAGAGAGAGAGAGAGAGAGAGAAGAGAGAGACACGGCUACGGCACACACACACACACGCCAGAGAGAGUGCAGGGAGGGGAGGACACGCUUUCCAUGCCCGCCGUUUUGUAAUGUCUCGCUUAGUGAGUGAGAGGGAGUGUUUGGUGAGUCAGUCACUGGUGCGGAUGGCAGCUGCUGGCAUUUGGUACAAGUGCUUUCGGUGCGUGUGGGGAUAGAGAGCAGAGGAGAGAGGAGAGAGACUGUACAGACGAAGAAUGGCACCCAUCAAGAUGUGGCUAUCGCUCCUUCUGUGAGUGAGUUUUUCUCCCCUCCCCCCCUUUUGCGCGUGCCGUGUGUGUGUGUGUGUGCUACGUGUCUGUGUGUUACAGGUGUGUAUGAGAGUGCAUGGACGUCAAUUGCAGUGUGAAGGUUGUUCCAUCCAUCCAGUGUCUGUCCAUCAUCCAUGGAAAUGCACUGCCGCCAUCCACAAAAUUGCCGGCCAUAGAUCCGAUCUGUCUCCGUCUCUCUGUCUCUCUCUCUCUCUCAUGUGUGUGCCAUGUACAAUUGCGUUAUACACACAUCCAUCCAUCCAUCCAUACCCCCAUCCGUCCACACACAGGCACUGCCCGCAACAAAUCGAUCUGCGGAUGCCUCUCUGUCUGCUCGUCUGUGUGCCUCUGUCUCUGUCUCUGUCUGUCCGCUUCUUCCUUUCCUACUCGUUGGCCGAUCUGUUCUGCUCUCUGCCCGGCCAAAAACUUAGAGAGAUAACUUGUGUGGCUGGGUGGGGCGGGUGGACACACACACACAGACGCACGCGCACACACACACACACGUGUGCACACACACUCCCUUCACUCAUGGACGGCACGAAGAGGUCCAUGCAGUGUCACACCUCACAGGCUGGCAGUCAAUGCACAAUCGCAGAGAGAGAGAGAGGUUGAUAGAGAGUGCGCGUCAAGCGAGAAUCAGCCAAGCCAGCCGCUGGCCGUGUGUGGUCUGCGUCGAUGUGUCAGGGGCGUGUCCUUCCACAGCUGUAGAUGCUGCCCGUAUCGUUGCCAAGACGGACAUCAUCGCAGCGAGUGAACAAAGGGCCGCUGGCACCACAACCGACACGACUUGCACACACCAACACGAGACAGCAGCGAAUUCACCAAUGGUGGUCUAACGCUGGGUAAGAGGGCGAAGACAAAGAAAGAGUCACUGACGUGCAGGCAGGUCACGGCAUAAUUCUUCAUAUCUUUACAUGAGGUAUGGUAGCAGAGAGUUGGUGUGUCGGUGUCAGCUAGACAUAGAGAGAGACAGAGAGAGAGAGAGAGAGACCCCAAAAGGUGUCAAAUCAGUCAGGCCAUCGCGUGUGCAAGAAGUCGCCUCACCCGCGCCCCUUGCCCUCUGUGCAGUCUACGGAGGGAGGCGCCAAGUCAUGCAGGUAGGUCAAAAACAGCUUCAUGUCAUGCCUCAAGCACGGCAGUCAGGUCACAUCGCAUCACACCACAUCACACCACAUCACACCCAUUCACUGAGAGAGAGAGAUGCACACAGCACAGGAGGUUUAUCUACAGACAGACAGACACACACAUCCUUGCAGACAUGAUCGCCACACAAGGAGCCAGUAUAGCCAGUGUUGUGUGGGUGUGUGCACAUGUGCACAUCAUGACGUGGAUGGCAUGAAUUGGUCUUAAUUAGCUGCGCUACGGGUGUGUGUUUGGGGGGAGGGGGGGGUGAUGUGUGUGUGUGUGACCGGUAGGCUGUCUGUCUACACAUCGACCGACGCACCAGCCAGCCAGUGAGUGGCGUCCGACCGACCCAUUGAUUGAUCCACUGGUGUCCGCCCAUCUAUCCUCUUGUCUGUCUGUCUGUCUCAUCUCAAAAAGCCCCCUCCAACUCCUCCUGCCUUGACAGACCAUCCUCCCAUCCUCCCAUCCUCCCGUCCGUCCGCUAGCCAUAGCUCCCAUUUUCGAGCUGCUCAUGGCUCCACCACCCACCCACCACCCAACAGUUCAUCUCACACACACACAGGCGCGCAUGCAGAUGCGGACCAAGAGGAACACACAGACGGCCAGGGCAAAACAAACGGUCCCCUUCACACGCCCAUACACACACACACACACACACACCCCUCUGGCUACCCCGCCCAUCACACCGCCCCCCUUGCUUGCAAGGCAGACCACUACACAGCAGCCAGCGGAUAGGGUACACGCAUCUCUGUCUGUCCAUCCAUCCAUCCAUGCCGCCAGUCUCUCGCCACCAAUUCGCUGGCUGGUUGAAAAAGUGCCCCGUCGAUGAUGAUGCACACAGCAAGCUACCCACGGGGGAGGGGGAGGGGGAGGGAGGGAGGGGGCGGGGGAGGCAAGCAAGCGGCGCAUAGGCAGGCAGGCAGGCAGGCAGGCAAAGACGGACAGACGCAUCCACAGCUACGCGUAUGUCUCGCUAGUAGGUGCUGCUGGUGGUGGUGGUGGUGUGUGUCAUUUGCCGAACAGGUAUUGCCAGAAGGUGACGUGCUGGAAGUCCUUCUUGGGGUCGCGCAGCGAAUCGCUCGAAUCGACGUCCUCACCCUGACCAGCACACAUCCACAGACACACCCAAUUCACACCCACUCCCUCAUCUGGGCGUGUGUGUGUCUCUCUCUCGUACCGUCCUCUCCUCCGUGGGGUCAUGUGGGAGCAGCCGCACGUCCUCCCGUGACGACACGGGCCUGGCCAUGGCCUUGCCCGCCACCCGCCGUGCCUGGUGCGUGCUGCCGCUGGCCGCUGACAUGUCGCUGUCCAUGGCCUGCGACGACUGCUGGUCGUUGGUGUGAUGGUUGAGGGUGUGGCGCGGUGGAGGGGGUGGGGGAUGGCUGUGGCUGCCGGCACUGCCAACAAGCUUGCUGGUCUCGCUACUGCUCGCCUCGCCGUUGAGGUCGGGAUCAGUGUGGGACGGCGGGGGCGAGUCGGGUUGUGUCGACAUCUCGCUAUUGGCGCGCUUGUCAUCCGAGUCGUAUGUGCUCACUUUGGUGAAGCCGUUGUUGGUCUGCGUGUGCAGGGGGAGGGGCGGGGGCGUGGAGGCGGUGGGCUGCUUGGACUCCGCCAGCUUGAUCAUCGAGUACCAGUAGGACCCCAGGAUGGUCAGUGCGAUGCCGCUGAGGGACUGCCAUGACACCACCUCGCCGAACAGGACGAUGCCGCCGAUGGACUGCGCGCAGGCCUUGACCAUGGCCACCAUGUUGAAGGUCACGGGGUUGGUGACCUUGAUCAUCAGGAAGGUGGCGAUGUUGAUGAGGAUAGCAAGCAGCCCGCUCAGCACGAACGUCCCCCACAUCUGCCAGGUGUCGGAGACCGAAAAGUCCCACGGCAGCUCGUUGGCCCAGUUGCCCUCGCCGGCAAUGUAGAUGCAGGGGAAGAAGAGGGGGAUGGCCAUGGUGACGUUGUAGGCCAGCAUGAGGUUCUGGUUGUUGUCGCAGACCUCCAGCACCUUCUUGAUGUAGACGUUGUAGAGCGCCUGGGUGACGGAGGACAUCAGGCCGAGGAUGACGCCGCCGGGCGAGAGUGUGGUGGGGUCGAGGGAGCCGACGAUGAAGCCGAGGACGACCACCAUGCAGGCCAGGAUGGCCUUGCGGCUGGUGCUCUUGCCCAGAACCACAUACAUCAACAGGAUGUUGAACAGGAUCGUCGUGCUCCGCGCCACCUGCACUCCACUCGCAACAAACACAUAAGUGCAGUGCAGUGCCGAGUGACUGAGAGAAAACCAUUGAUCGAAGCAUUCCCUCGCCCUGCCGAGCCUCUGUCUGUUCGCCCAUCUCACCUGGUAAGUCGACACCUGGACAUUCUUGAGGCAGGUGUUGGCAAAGGCUAUCAUAGCAACGAAAGUGACGGUCACCGGCAGCACGGCCCGUGCGGUCUUGAGCUUGAACUCAUAGGGAGGGAAGAAGGCGAGCGAGGGGUUGCACUUGCCGACCUGCCCCAUGACGACCACACAGACGAGUGCGACUAUCUGCUGGAACCACGAGACGAACACGGGGUUCUGGAAGGUGCUGCUGAAGAUAUGGAAGUUGAGGAACACUAUAGACAGGCUAAUCACGAAGUAGAAAGCCAUCGCUGAGAGCACCUCCUCAGCCCGACGGUCCAUCCCCAUCGCCAUACUGCACAACGCCGACGUCGCAAAGAGAGGGCUUCAACUUGGACGAGGAAUUGCCUCUUGGAUGUCUGUAGCCCUCAGCAAGCCCCUCUUCACCUUCUUCCCCUUUUCUC